AUGGAACAAUCCACACUUUACCGUAACCGAGAAUUGGACACGCUUUCAAGGUCCCAAGAGCAAGAUAACCUGGAUGAACCACGGGAAGAACAACUGACGAACUACCCGCAAAUCUCACAGGAGCCCAGCCGUGUUGAGGAGGUAGAUAAAGAAACCGGUGAGGCUGGGAACUCACUGAAUGAUGAAGACGUGAACGAAGGACUAAGUGAAGAAGAAGAUUUACUCAGUUAUGAGGGCGAUGCCGAUGUUAUUGUCAACGACUACGAUAGUAAUGGUGACAACGACGGCGACGAUGAGAACCGAGAAAGUGACGAAAAUGAUGACAAUCAUGAGGGCUUGGAAAGCUCCAAGGACGAUGACGGAGACUCAAUUAUAGAUAUCGUUUCGGAUAGCGAAGUCUACGAAGCAGCAAAGCAGCUUUUGAACGCGAAGCCGCCUCAAAUCCUCAUUUGGUAUAAAGGACAGCCAAAUCUGCUUUUCAGAGAAUAUGACGGAGACAGUGGCGAGGUGGUCAGUGGUCAAAAUGUUAUAUGCGACGAUGCAUCGGAUAUUCAUAGGGGCUGUAAUACGAUUUUUGCGCGCGUACGUUUACAUUUGCAACGUGAGUAUGGAGCACUAGAGCUGAUGUCGCGAGAGCUCUUGCUAGAUUUCCCUGCGCUGGACCUUACAAUGGAGGAGGACAAUAUGUACAACAAGAGCAUCACUAUGAAUGACGUGAUAUCCAUAUUCAAGCUGCUCAGAGACAACUCGAUCAAAAAAUGCGAGACCAACGUUCCCUCCUUUCUGGAGAUUAACGUAACUACGCGGCCCCGUUUUGUAGCGCGCUACAAUGCUUUGGUAGAUUUGAUAGGUGGAGAAGCUACAUUUUCGCACGUCAAAGUAUACUCCAAUGACAAGACGCAUCCAGUGGUGGUAGACGACGCAGAGCAACAUGUUGAGCAGACAGGAGAUGCAGAGGUCAUUGUAAUGACAUCGGACGAGGAAAAUUCCUGA